AUGACUUACCCCGUACAGUCUCUACUCUAUCUUCUAUUCGCGAUAACUGUUUCUGCUUUCAACAGGGUGAACCUAGCCAAAGCCUCCAUGGCUCUGAGGGGACUGCUUACUCUGGACCCUGCAGCCCUGGCCUCCCUCUUGUACUUUGCGGCUCUCAUCUUGACUCUGAGUCAGCAGAUGACCAGUGAUCGCAUCCAUCUCUACCACACUGCCAAUGAAACACUCUGGCCUCCUGGAUCAGAGCAGCAGCUCCUAAAGCCCUGGAUCGUGGUGAACCUGGUGGUGGCUCUGCUGGUGGGUUUGGCCUGGGUGUUCAUCUCCACCCGGCCUGACAUGGACUACACCGAGGAGUUCCUGAUGGCGAUGGAGGAUUACAGACAUGAUGACAAGCUGGAUAUCCCAACCUGAGGUCAUCACUGAAGACUUUUGAUCUUCUUCCAGACCUCUUCAGCAUUCAUGUCAAGGGGAUUAUUUUGUACAGAUAACAUGUGAAUAGAUUAUAGCUGUGGCUAUUUUUAUAUUAAGAGAAAUAAAGUCAGUUGUGGAAAUUUU